AUGGAUUCCAAAGUAACAGCUCAAUCCACACGUAUGAGCCGUCAAUCACAACAAAGCAGCAUUUUACCAUCUAUGGGCAUAUUUGAUAAUCGAACAUCAUCUACUUCACCAUAUUCCAAUAUACUUACUCGGUCACUUUCUAUUUCAAGGUGUCCAACAGUAUAUUACCGAACAGCACACAUUGAACCAACAGAAUCAUUAGAUGUAUCAAUAGCACAACCGUUCAGUUCAACAAAUGAUUUAAAUCAUGUCGAUAGUGUUAAAAUGCCAUCAAUAUGUCUAUUAGAUCGCCCAACUCUUUAUGUGCGUUAUACACCAAAAGAUUGGCAUGAUGCUCAAACGACUAAUUAUUUAGCAUCGGAUAAAAUUCUUGCUGAAUCGGAACGCUUACGUUCAGAUGCAAUAUGGUUAGCACAUCAGAAAGAUGAACAAGCAGUAAAAAAUAAUUUUGAAUCAUCAAAAUGCCUAGCUGAAAGUAUACAAAAUAUUGAAUAUUGGAAAAAUGAAUUAGAAAGAACAAAAGACAAAAUGACACGUAAAAUAGAUGAUGUUCAAUUUAAACGACGCGAAUUGGAACGAGUAUUAUCUGAAAUAGAAAAUCCGUUACGUAUAACACAAGAAAAUUUAUAUGAACGCGAAAAGCGUCAAGGUAUUGAUCUUGUGCAUGAUAAUGCGGAACAAGAACUUAUUCGAGAAGUUGAUAGAAUUCAAUUAUCUCAAGAUAACCUUCGAAAAAUGCUUGGAUGUCUUAGUAUCCAAAAUGCUCGUAAUCAUGCUUCAUUACACGAAUUAGAACGUGAUGUAAAAGAUAAAUAUCGUGCUCGUGCACUUGAUUCAGCUGCUCAUAAUAUUGAAACAAAAUCAAAUGGUAUUAGCUUUUACGAGGACAUUGAACUUGUGGAUAAUACUGUAUCGGUACCUGAAUCAUGGGCAAAAUAUACAAAAGAAAAUGUUUGCCGAGCACUUAAUGAAAUUUCCCAAUCAGAUGAAUUACUUGAUGCUUGUAAGCAACUUAUGACAACAAUUUACAAUGAUAUGUGGUCACAAUGGAACCAUGCUAAUAUUUCACUUGAAAAUCGUGUACAAGAAGAACAAGCAGCAAAAAAUAAAAUUGAAGUUCAUCUUGAAAAGAUUCUUCAAGAAAUCUGCGAUGUUAAGCAAAGUAUUAAAUUUUUGAAGAAAACGAUUGCUGAUCAAGAAGCAUUUUUACAAGUAGCUCAAACACGUCUAGCAACACGUACUAGACGACCAAAUAUUGAAGCAUGCCGAGAUCCUGCUAUGCACAGAUUAAUUCAAGAAGUUUAUGGUUUACAUGCGGCUAUUGCUGAUCUUCUCAGCAAGUUACGUCAAGAGGAAAAUGCUGUACAACAUUUAUUACGUUCUAAAUCAAGUCUAGAACAAGACUUAACAAUUAAAAAGAAUUCAUUAUUUAUUGAUUCUGAGAAAGUUUUGGGUAUUCGACGUCUAUUUAUGAUGGAUGCACCAGAAAAAACUUUUCUUCCAUCGGUAUCAUAUUCUCAAUCACAUGAUUUUAUUAAUGUCUGA